AUGCCACGCCGACGCCGCCCUCCUCGACCCGGCGCCCUCGCGGAUCUCUCUCCCACCCGGAUACUCUCGCAGAUCGCCCUCCUACAACUCGCCUAUUAUGGAUGCGCCGGCAUUCUUAUCAUCUUCACGGCCUUGGUAGCAGGCAAGGAGAUCAAUGCAGACCUUCUCUUUAGCUGGCGCACUCUACGCGGUGAUACUACGGUUGGCUGGACACUGGGGUUGGUUUGGGUGUUGAACAGCCUGACUUGCGCUAUAUUCAUUCUACUUCUCGUCGCACGAUCAAAGCUCGUAUUCGACUUUGCCUUAACCGUACAUUUUAUCCAUUUGAUCGUCACCUCCCUAUACUGCCAUGCGAUACCCGCGAACCUCUUUUGGUGGGCACUUCAGUUAUGUAGUGCUACCAUAAUGACCUCUCUUGGUGUUUGGGCAUGCCAGUGGCGCGAGCUGCGACCUAUUGACUUUGGGAGCAAGCCUACUGCGCGAAACCAGCCGGCGGCAGAUGAGGGCGCUGGUGAAUCAAGAGGUAGAGGCCGAGGCAGGGGGCGAGAUGGCGCAGGUGAAUAUGAAAUGGUGGGAAUGAACGGGGGUGAGAAUAAUGUCUGA